GUUUAAAGAUUGCAUUGCUGUUAAUUAGUACUCACACCAUCCUUACAAAAUGCUUCCUAUCAAGGCACAGUUUAUUAAACACAUUGUCUGUUUUAGUCUUGGAAUGAAACUAUUAGUAAUGGGCCAAGCUUUGGCUGUAAGUUUAGGAAUCCAGCUUGUAGGUGUUUAGGGGCAGGAUAUUUGGUCUCAAGGGUAUUAGAUAAAAGAAAAAGCCUCAGCCACAGAGAAACAGAAUAGGACCAUUGUUGCUGAGUAUUUUGUGUAUCAAGAUCAGAAUAGGAGUGAUGACAGACUGUUAUUCAAUGUUAAACCUGGAGGGUUAUGGGAUACAGGUUGUGUUUUUAUGUUAACUGUGCUUUUACUUAACCUAAAUAUAUUUUUUCAGUUAAAACCUUUUUUAUGUUACAGGAAAUAAAUGUUAAUAUGGAGAAUGAUUUUAAGACUGAGUCAGCAUCAUCCACCUUUUCUCUUCAAAGUUCUUCAGAGACAUUGUUUUCUAUUCAGCUAUUAGAUUUCAAAUCAAGUUUGCUGGAAGCAUUAGAAGAACUGCGUAUGAGAAGGGAAGCAGAAACUCAGUAUGAAGAGCAGAUUGGUAAAAUUAUUGUGGAGACCCAAGAACUUAAAUGGCAAAAGGAAACUCUUCAGAAUCAAAAGGAAACAUUAGCAAAGCAACACAAAGAAGCAAUGGCAGUUUUUAAAAAGCAGUUCCAAGUGAAGAUGUGUGCCUUGGAAGAAGAAAAGGGAAAAUAUCAACUUGCUACAGAAAUAAAAGAGAAAGAAAUAGAAGGAUUGAAGGAAACAUUAAAGGCAUUACAGGUUUCUAAAUAUUCUUUACAGAAGAAAGUAAGUGAAAUGGAGCAAAAACUCCAGUUACAUCUUCUGGCUAAAGAAGAUCAUCAGAAGCAACUGAAUGAAGUUGAGAAAUACUAUGCCACAAUAACAGGUCAAUUUGGAUUGGUAAAAGAGAGUCAUGAAAAGUUAGAACAAAAUGUACAGGAAGCAAUACAGGUAAACAAAAGACUUUCAGCUUUCAAUAAAAAGCAAGAAUCUGAAAUACGCAGUUUAAAGAAGGAACUAAAAAAAGUAACCUCAGACUUGAUAAAGACCAAGGUCACAUGUCAACAGUAUAAGAUGGGAGAAGAAAACAUCAAUUUAACAAUUAAAGAACAAAAAUUUCAAGAACUUCAAGAAAAACUCAAAAUGGAAUUGGAAUUAAAUAAGAAGAUUAAUGAAGAAAUCACCCAUAUUCAAAAAGAAAAACAGCAGUUACUUCAACAACAGGCUCAAGCUAAUGCUGAAAUGGAAGCAGAAUUGAAGGUGCUAAAAGAAAUAAUCAGGAUAUAUAUAUGUACCCUUGAAAGAGAUAAUGAGCUGCAAAGGGAGAAGGUAAAAGAAAAUGAAGAAAAGUUCCUUAAUCUUCAAAAUGAGCAUGAAAAAGCACUGGGAACUUGGAAAAAGCAUGUUGAAGAACUUAAUGGAGAAAUUAAUGAGAUUAAAAAUGAGUUAUCAUCACUUAAAGAAACUCAUACUAAGUUACAAGAACGUUAUGACAAAUUAUGUGAUCAGAAAAAGUUUGAGGAAGACAAGAAGUUUCAGAAUAUUCCAGAAAUAAGUACUGAAAUGUCAAUGGGAAAAUCAGAAAGCACAAUCGUACAGAAAUAUAACUCCGGGCAAGAAAUAAGGGAAGAAAAUAGUGUGAAUUAUUGUUUAGACACUGAAUACAGAAAAGAGGAGGAAAAUAAAGAAGGCCUGUUUAUAGAAGAAAUCAUUAUAGAAGACUUAGGGCUUUUUGAAAAAAGCUCGAAGAAUGAAACUGAUAUUAUUGUACAUCAGGAUGAAAAUCAGAAUGAAAUCUCCUUAAGCAAAACCCUCUGCACAGACAAAGAAUUAAUUAGUCAAGGACAAACCUCGAAUGUUGCCGAAUUUAGAGAAGUGGUGACUACAAAAAUAAAAGACAAGGUGGACUUGGAAAAAGACAAUGGAUGCACAGAAUUUAUAUCACCAAACAUUUCUUUUUUAGUGGCCGAUGCACCAAUAGAAACUGAAAAGAUAGACCUAGAAAGAACUGAAGGAUUAGGUCGUCACCAUGCAGAUGUGCACCUAGAGACUGAAAAUAACAGAACACCAUUUAACAGUAUCUUAAAUGAGAUGGCUUGCAAUGCGAAUCAUAAAAAAGAUGUUUCUGAAAAUGAGCCAUUCAAACAACAAUUCAGAUUGCUUCCGAGGGCUCAGGAAAGUGCCACAGGGAAGGAAAUUAAAAAUAGUCACCAAACCAAAGCAGAUUUGGAUUCAUCUCUAGCUGUAAAAAGGACUCUUGUUGAGUGUCAGAAAUACAGUUCACAGGAUUCAAGUGAUGUGAUGUUAGAUGAUAAGCAAUGUCAAAUAAGACCAAUACAGCUGUUAAAUAAAAACAGUGAGUGUAUUUUGCCAUUUAAAGAAACUUCAGAUUUUCAGCAAGUUGGUGAUGAUACUUCAGAAGAACCUGAACUAAAUAUUCCCUGUGAUGGAACAAUCAACCACCACACUUCUGCUGUUUUCAGUGACAAUUCGAACGUACUUUUCAAGAAUUUAGAUAAAAAUGUUAAUAUUAUGCCUAUGUUGGUGAAACCCAACUCAAGCCCUCAGAGAAUUGUAUGGAAAAAUGUGAAUGAGAUGCAAAACAGUCCAGUUAAGAACUGUUUGGGACAUUUAGAGAACAAUGUGAUUGUUUCCCAUCUUCAGGGGAACAAGGAGAAUAUACAUGCAUCACAAGCCAAAGUUCAUGUGAAAACUUCCACAGGAAUACAGUUUUCCAAUAAAAAGAGUCAGAUUGAAGAGAAUCAGAUAACUGAAGCCACAAAAAAUGACUUAUUCCCUAAAGAAAGACAGCAUGCAUUGUUAAAUAAUACAGAGCAAACCGAGUCAGUAAAUGACAUUGUUUCAGGAAAAACUUACAGUGAAGGACAGCUGGAAGAAUCAUGUUCAUUUCACAUAAAGCCAUCUAGAGAUUUAGUAAACACAAGUGGAAGGUCAGCCUUUGAUCUUUCGACUUCAGAUAAAAAAACUGAGAAAACUCCAGUAUAUGUGAAUUUUUUAGACCCUAGUCCUUGGUCAAAAGUAAAUCAAAUUGAAAGUCAAACAGCGAGUACUUCAACAUCUAGCAUUCCUCUUUUGCUGAAGGAGAGACCAGUAGGUCCAUCCGAAAACAAAAAGAUUGUUUCAAUGACACUUUGUCAAAAUGUUGGUGUGGAUGCCAUGAAGGACAUUGGACCAGAUACUACCAGCAUCAACAGAGUUGCUGACACUUUGAAUAACUCGAGUAUCCAUCCAGGUCCCGAGGGAGAGCCCAGUGAAGAGAGGAAUGCAACUGCAAAGACUUUUUAUGAUUCUUCUUUUCCCACAGAACAUGUGAAAACAAAGCCUCUGAAAUCAACUCUGCUACAAAGCCACUUUCAGGCUAUCAAGAUUAAAGACACUACUGAUUUGGCUGCAUCUCCUACUUGUGAACAUGACUGGCAGAGCCUGGUGACAAAUCAAAUAAAUGAAAUCGAAAAGUUUCUAAGCUCAGAUGACAAUCAGCCUAAAAAAAGAAAAGCAGAGGAGAUGGAAGAAAAAACAACAGAUUAAAAUAAUGUUGAUAAAUGCUUUCAGCGGUGAACUGAUUUAAUUGAAACAUCAAUGUUGUUUAGACUAGAACACAGUGACUGUUAGAUCUGAAGCUUUAGAGUUGUACUAACUCUUCCUGA